UAAAUUUAUUUGUAUUUAUAUACAUAUUCUAUUCUUUGUGUGCAUGUGUGUUUCCAGCAUCCAUCAGCAGUUUCCUGACGGUGCUGGCAUGGUACCCCAACACCUCCCUGAGAACAUGGUGUCUGGUGCUGCACUCUCUCACCCUGAUGACUAACAUGCCAGCCUGCGCCUCCAAUAAUGGGAUGAGCUCUCAGGAAAACACAGCGCAGCAGAUGGUGUCUGAUCCCACCCUGGUUCAUGUCCUGGUGCGCUUCCUGUCCGGCUGCAGCACCAAUGGGACAAGCCAGCACAGCUCUCAGGUGGGACCCACCGCCACCCAGGCCAUGCACGAGUUUUUGAGCCGCCUGCAGGUCCACCUGUCCUCCACAUGUCCUCAGAUGUUCAGCGAGUUCCUGCUCAAACUCAUGCACAUCCUGUCUACUGAGAGGUAUGCAAUCGCUUCUCGAGAAAGGGGUCCGUUCCAGUCGGGCCAGGGUCCACUGGAUGCCCAGGUGAAGCUACUGGAGUUUACUCUGGAGCAAAACUUUGAGGUGGUGUCAGUGGCUACCAUCUCCUCCGUCAUCGAGUCCAUCACAUUCUUGGUUCACCACUACAUCACCUGCUCCGACAAAGUGGUUUCCCGCAGCGGCUCAGACAGCUCUGUGGGCGCUCGGGCUUGUUUUGGUGGUUUGUUUGCCAACAUCAUCCGGCCAGGAGACGCAAAGGCAGUCUGUGGAGAGACGACGCGCGACCAGCUGAUGUUUGACCUCCUCAAGCUGGUCAACUUGCUGGUGCAGCUGCCUCUGUCCGGGGACAGAGAGUUCAGUGGACGGCUGCCGCCGGCAGGCAGCGGAGCAGCUGAUAGCAGUGUGUCGGACGAGGAGAAGGUCUGUGGCAGCAAAGAAAGCGUAGCUGGGGGAUCCGCGUUCAGUCAGGGCCCCCCUGCCGGUGUGGCCGACCUGGUGCUAGCCAAUCAGCAGAUUAUGAGCCAGAUCUUGUCAGCACUGGGCCAGUGCAACAGCAGCGCCAUGGCCAUGAUCAUAGGUGAGACGAAUCACAGAAAAUGAUCUUGACCAACAGUUUCAGCAUCUUUUACCUCAUUGUUCUGGUUUUACUGUCCACAAAUCAGUGGUUUUGGUUCAACAGUAGACAGUAGACACUGUUGGAGAAUAGCUGGUGAACAUAGUGGCGCCUUAAGGAGCUAAAAAGACAGAUUGAUGGAAAUCAGAGCUAGAAGAAAGAAGACUUGUUUGCCAGAGUGGCUUUAUGAGGGGAUAAUAUGUCAUUGUUCUUCGCAGCUGCCCCCAAAGUGGCUAAACAAUCUGAAAGUGAUGGUUUAAAUGAAUGACAUUGGAAAGUUAAAGUGUCACUUAUGUGCAGUCAAAAAACAAAUGUUUGUGAGAACAAGAUAUGGGGUAUUUAUGGAAUAUUGAUAAAUGUUAAUAUGUAGUGUAACUUCAACAAAAGAAGAGUUGUGAAGUUGGCAAACUGACUCCGUCAUGUCAGU